UCGGGUCAAGACUCAAGAGUCAAGAGUCUUCACUUCCUGCCUCCAUUUCUAGGGCUCAGAAAUGCCCCCAAAAUGGCGAAAUUUCCAGAUUUCUCCAAUUUCUAGGGUUCCGCUCUCUCAAUGGAGACGAUAAUGGCGAUUACCGCCAACUCCGAGUACUCCUUCGCCAUUGAAUACAGCGGACCGCUUUUCUCCUUCGAUAUCCCUAAAGCAAGCCCCAUUGAGAUUGAUAAAAUCCCUGUCGCCUCUGUCGCCACGUCAGCACCCGCCCUCGACUCUCUCCCCGUUGUCCAACCUUUGCCCUUGAAGAAACGCCUGCCCGAUCAAGAACAGGAUCAAAAUCUCAACUUCAAUUUCUCCAGCGAGCUCAAGGUCACCGAUUCUUCCUUCACCUCCGACUUAGACGAAGACGAAGACUUAGAGUCCUCCCCCUCCGUUGAUGAUGGUGACGUGGAGGAGAACCGGACAGCGGUCGUCGCAUUUGGUGAAGCCUCAUCAUCCUCUGCUGAAGAUACAACGAAGAGAUCGAAGAAAGGACGCUGCUCUCGUUGUUUGAAAGGGAACUGGUUCACUGAGAAAGAGGCUUGCUUGGUUUGCGAUGCGAGGUAUUGUAUUAAAUGUGUCAUGAGAGCGAUGGGAUCGAUGCCUGAGGGGAGGAAGUGCAUUGCUUGUAUUGGGAGCCCGAUCGAGGAUUCGAAUAGAGAGAAAUUGGGGAAGAGCUCGCGAAUGCUGAAGAGGCUGUUUAGUUCGUUGGAGGUUGAGCAGGCGAUGAAGGCAGAGAAGUAUUGUGGAACUAAUCAGUUAAGGGCUGAGGAUGUUUUUGUGAAUCGGCAGCAGUUGACACAGGAGGAGAUGGUUUUGCUGCAGAGUUGCGCUUGUCCACUGCUGAGGUUGAAGCCUGGGUAUUAUUGGUAUGAUAAGAUGUCAGGAUAUUGGGGGAAGGAAGGUCACAAACCUGACAAGAUCAUUACUGCAAAUCUCAACGUGGGAGGCAAUCUCAUGCAAAAUGCAAGCAAUGGGAAUACUGGGAUCAUUAUAAAUAAUCGCGAGAUAACAAAAGAUGAGUUGAAGAUGCUUAAGUGGGCAGGAGUUCCAUGUGCCGGAACUCCUCACUUUUGGGUAGAUCCUGAUGGAUCGUAUCGGGAGGAGGGACAGAAUGAUAUAAAGGGGAAGCUGUGGAUCAAGGCUAGCACAAGACUUCUAUGCUCAAUUCUAUCAUUGCCUGUUCCUGGUAAGGGUGCAAAUCGUGCUGGGGAAGAAGUAAAUAACAUGCUUAGUGCAGCAUUUCCUAACUUUUUUGAGCACAAAACGCUUCAGAAGUUCUUCUUGGUUGGUUCUGAUGGGUCAGGGACAAGUACUAUAUUUAAACAGGCAAAGUUUUUGUAUGAACCUAUGCCUUUCUCAGAGGACGAGCGCCGAAGUAUUAAACAGUUGAUUCAAAGCAGCAUAUAUAGCUAUCUUGGUAUACUGCUCGAGGGGCGUGAGCGGUUUGAAGAAGAGAGUCUGGCUGCGAAAAGGAAUUCAUGUGUUUCUCGCAAGACAGGUAGCGAUGUCUCUGAGGAAUGUGAUGGCGUGACUGUGUACUCCAUCAGCCCACGACUUAAGGCAUUCUCUGAUUGGCUUCUCAAAGUUAUGGCAGCUGGCAAUCUAGAAGCUAUUUUUCCUGCUGCUACUCGUGAAUAUGCACCUACUGUUGAGGAAUUAUGGAAGGAUGCUGCUGUUCAAGCUACAUAUAGCCGAAGAAGAGAACUGGAGUCACUCCCUAAUGCUGCUAGUUAUUUUUUACAGAAGGUUGUUGAUAUAUCCAGAGUGGAAUAUGAACCUUCAGAUCAGGAUAUUCUCUAUGCUGAUGGAAUAACUCCAGCUAAUGCACUAACAUGUACAGAGUUCACUUUCCCACAGACAGCUUCCGAAGGAAGUGGCGAUGAUGCUGAUCAGCAGGAUACCCUAGUAAGGUAUCAACUCAUUAGACUUCCUUCAAAGGGCUUAGGAGAGAACUGUAAAUGGUUAGAUAUGUUUGAAGAUGUUCGCAUAGUAAUAUUCUGUGUGUCCUUAAGCGACUAUGAUGAGUACUACGAAGAUGCAUUUGGAGUCCCAAUCAAUAAAAUGAUGGGGAGCAAGAAACUCUUUGAGAACAUCAUAGCUAAUCAAUCCUUCGAAGAUAUGGAAUUUCUUUUAGUACUCAACAAAUUCGAUCUCCUUGAGGAAAAAAUCAAGUCAUCUCCUUUGACCGUAUGUGAUUGGUUUGAUGAUUUCCAUCCUAUUUCUAGCAGAAACCCUAAUGGUGAUUCCUCAGAGGCUGAAAAGGCAUUUUACUAUAUUUCAUUCAAAUUCAAGAAGCUCUUUGCUUGUCUUUCUAGAAGAAAACUGUAUGUUACUUCAACAAAAGGAUUGGAAAAAGAGUCAGUUGAUUCUAUGCUUCGGUAUGCAAGGGAGAUUCUGAAGUGGGAAGAAGUGAGGCGGCCAUUGAAUAAUCACUUCUCAAACUUUGAGACAACCACGACCUGUCCUUAAUGUUUGUAGAAGGAAAAGAUAUAGAGUUGAGGUCUGUAUAUAGAUGGGUUAUCAUUGUCAUGUAUGUCCUGUUUUGUCAUGUUACGUACGUGAAAUUUGUUGUAAUAUCGAGAGAAUUAUGUAUGUCAUGUGUGUAAAUAUAUGGAAAAUGUCGACGGCAUUCUUUUGGAAAUGAAUGGCUUAUAAUUGA